UGUAUGUUUGUGUAAAGAAGCUGUCAAGAUGACGUAGAGACCCAUCAUGGAUGACGAAGCUUUUGACUCGCGGUUGCUUGGUUCCUUCUACUGUAAGUUGUUGACUCCACCACGAUCCAAUUUCAACGAGAUGAAGAUGAUGAUCAUUCAAACUCUUGGGUUGAUUGAUUUCAGAGAUUAUUCUUAAAAAGAAAAAUUACACUUUCUCAGAUCUGAAAUUUGUUUGAAUUUUGUCUUCUUACGUGUUUUUUUUUUUUUUAUUGUCCAAUUCGUCGUCGGUAACAAUGGCUUCCUUGGAGAUGAACGACCUAAAAAAGAUUGGGCUAGGUUUGACUGGAUUUGGUGUCUUCUUUACAUUCCUGGGAGUGAUUUUUGUGUUUGACAAGGGACUCAUCGCCAUGGGGAAUAUCCUCUUCUUAGCUGGUGUUACUCUAACCAUUGGAAUCCACCCAGCAAUCCAAUUCUUUACUAAAAGGCAGAAUCUUAAGGGUACUGUAUCAUUUGGAUUGGGUUUCUUGUUUGUUGUGUUUGGAUGGCCUAUCUUCGGUUUGCUUCUAGAAUCAUAUGGGUUCCUUGUGCUCUUCAGUGGUUUCUGGCCUACACUUGCGGUCUUUCUUCAAAGGAUACCGCUAUUGGGCUGGCUUUUGCAGCAACCUUACAUCAGAUCGUUGCUGGAUCGCUACCGUGGAAGGCGUGUCCCUGUCUAAAACUAAACCCUCUUUGCACAUAUAAUACAUGACUGUCGAUACAAAGGUACCUAUGUAUGUAAAAACACUCUGGUUCUCCUCGUUAAAUGGGUUGUAAAUGGUUCCUGGAACUGGGUUUGUGAAUAAAAACUAUUGAUUAUUGUAGUCUUGUGGCUUUUUCUCUCUUUUUUCUGAUGCUUUGUGAUCAUCUCUACCAAUCCACCACUUAUUGAAAGCCUCUCGUUUGUGUA